UUUAUUUUUAACUUGGUUUUACAUCAUACUUUGCAUCAUGUACACGAGAAAGCAUAAAAAAACACUUUAAAAUUAAAAAAAUAGUACUAAGUUAUACCUAGCUUCGGGAAUAAAAAGUGAAAUUUGAGUUCUGUGAUUCUUCAGAUAAUAUUCAUUUCUCGUUGCUUCCCCUGCAGCCGAGUAAAAAAUAUCCUUGACAACAAAAUGCAAAAACGUUCUGGUUUUAUUUUGAACUCUGUUGAAUAGAAGGAUGUGUUCCAAUAAUUAUAGUGAAGCAACAAUGCCAAUAUAUUAAAUGAGUCAUUUCUCAAAUAUAAUGUCCUCAGAAGUAAUCAGAGCAUUACACUCACAUAACAAAAGAAUGCAGCUUAAAAAGAGCUAGCUUAAUGCUUGCCUGUUAAACAUGUUUUCAAUGAAACAAUUAAGAACACCCAAGAUAAUCUUAGUGAGCUCUAACUUGAUUACUCUGCAAACAGUUUCCUCCUCUUGUGAAAAGGUUGUCUGAUGUAGUCAAAACAAAACACUCAAAUGCACAAAAAUCAUGACUGAGAUAUAGCUCCCGUCAAAAACUUUACAGUCCGGUUAUGGUCCAUUUAUCAUCUGGAAAUAAAAUGCCUUCAGUUUUCAAGAGAUAUUAACUACAUGUAACCAGAAAGCCUACAACAAACCGAGUUGGUUUAUCCCAGAUGUUUUGUGUGUGUCCAUUUACAACCUCAUGUACAUCUCAUAGUGAUUUCUAUUAGAUUUCAAUGUGAUUUCUUGUCAUUAUAUUUCUCACCACUUAUAGUCUUUAGGCCAGGGCCCGGCUCAAGUGAACAGUUUAUAAAACAGCCUAGGAAAAAUAAAAUAUUAAUUUUCUCUGAAAUAAAUAGUGGCCAAAAGCCUGAGCAUUACAAACAAGGGGGGAAAAAAAAAGAAAAGCUUCAAAUGACCUAAUUUUCAGCAAGUGGUAGUUUUUGAGAACAUCAUUUUGAGCAUGUCAAAAAAGCAACACUGGUUCCACGUAAUUAAUCAAGUACCAUGUUCUUUAGCAUAACCACUGUUCAGAGAAUUUUGCGUGCACAGUGGGACAUUGACGUCAAAAGGGCACAAAAUUAGCUCUGAUGAAGUGCUCAGCUGAAAACACAAUUUAAAUUGAAAACUACAGCAGUUAAUUAAAAUUAAUCAGUUUAAGUUGAAAAAACUGUUAGUGUCCUGUGAAUGCCUUCCUUGUAGAGCAAAGUAUUUUUUUCACAUUUUUGGCUAAUGAGCGAACUCACCAAAUUUUGGUUGCUUGCUCACAUUUAAAUUCUGCCUUAAAGGCUAGUGCUAAUGCAGAGCAACAUUCUCUUUAGAAGGCAAUGACACAAUAACUGCUUGUAAUCUUUAUAAUUAAUUAGAGAAGACUCAGUUUGUUGUUUACCUUCAGUUGGAAGAUCUUUUCAAGAAACCAAUUUGGCUGGGAGCAAUUGGUUUAAUCUUGUUUCACGUAAAUUACCAAGUUUGUUAAGCGAGUCUGAUUUAGUCCAGCCCAUUCCAACUUUGUUAAUCCAGUUCAGAGCAGUCCAGUCCAUUUCCAAUUUUGUCAUCAGCCUCAGGAAGGAAGCAUGCACUCUCCUGUUUCAGGUCAGUUGAGGUCGCCAAGAAUUCCAGACUACUCGUUUUGAAAUGCGAAAAGAGCUUUCUGAGUUUUCUUUGUAUUCAUGAACCCCGACAAACAUUGAGCGGUGAUGACAAAGUUCAAACCAUAAUAUCAUUAAAUAAAAUUAAGGCUCGGAAAUUUCAUUGACAGCUAAGCCAUUUAGGGAUGAUUUAUAAUGAAAAUACAUUGUUAAUAUUGUCUUAAAAAUUCUUGCCAUGAAAUCUGAUCAAGUGUGAUACCAUAAUUCUCAAAUUUCACCAACUCAUACUUGUAUUGUCUUUCUGUCGGGUAGUCUCAAAAUAUUGAAGGCACAACUUUGUCAAAGCCAAGAAAAUAUCACUCAACAAGUUAUAUUAUGAUCAUGAUAAGGUCAGCAAAGCUGUUAGUGUUUGCAUAAGCUUAGCAUAAAUCCAAGUUGUAGAUCGUAUUAAUCAGAUUCAGUAAAACUUAUGAAAUCAAAAUGUUGGUGGUGUGUAAAAUAGGAGAAAUUUGAAGUAAUUGUUUUUCAUUACUAUAUUUCAAUCUUCCAUUUACUUUGGAAUUAGCAAACUAUGACCUCAUUAGUCUAAUAUAGCUUCAAAAGAACAGCAAGCAAAAUAUAGUUAGUGAGUGCAUGGGACAGGCAAAAUACUUGCGAAGCUAAAUGGUUUCGUAAAAUUGCAUGUUGGAAGAACAAAGGUCCAGUCUUGCAAUCUACAUGUAUAUUCACCAUCAGGUGGUACGUGAACUCUUACCUUUAACAAAUAACUGGUCCAGUCUUCUGUAACUGAUUGACAAUGGUCAAAGGCGAGGAAAGCAACACAGGUACUAACAGGAGGAAAAGCGUUGCUCAACAUGAAGAGGUUCAAGGUAAUGGAAGUGUAGACCUGCCCUCAUUAGAGGAAUGUCGCUAUCUUGAUGAUCAGGGACAACAUAUAGAUAUCGAGAAGCUUCAUCACUAUCAUCAUUACAGAACCAUCUCUGAGAGGGAACAGUUUGAAGAAAAGCUUCGGAAAGGAUUACUCUCUAUGAAAGACAUUGCAACCCUUCAAGAGCGACUGGCUAUGGAGAAAAAUGAUGACAGAAAUGUAUUGGCAGGAAUGUCAGACUCCAUUGAAAUGUCAGGGCUUCGUAAGUCUCAAAGACAGAUAUCAGGCAUGCAGACUCUUUUAAGGGAAACAAACAUCAGCAAAAGUUUGGAAAAGUUUCCUGCAGUAUAUGACCGCAAUCCUCGUGAGGCAUUUGUUGAGUUAGAAGAACUGACAAAGCAUGGUGAAGAGAUGGAAUGGAAGGAAACAGCACGGUGGAUUAAGUUUGAAGAAAAUGUAGAGGAUUCUAACCGCUGGGGAAAGCCUCAUGUGGCCUCACUAACAUUCCACAGUUUGCUUGAAUUGAGGAAAGGGUUGGAAAAAGGCACUGUGUUGUUGGACUUGGAGAAAUUUGACUUACCCAGCAUUGCUGAAGCAGUGGUUGAAAACAUGGUGAUCACAGACCAGCUUAAACAGAAAGACAGUAAUAAAGUGCUAGCAGCCUUACUUCUACGUCAUAGACAUCAACAUCAACAGAGUUCCAAAUUGAACCGUCGUGCAUCUUCUAAGAAGUCCAAAAAAUUUGGGGUACGUGCUGCAGAUAAUUUAGGACUUGAUGCACACUCAGAGACAGGAAAUGGUGUUGUUAGUUUGAAGAUUGAAGAACAGAAACAGGAUCCACUUGCUCUUGAGUCUGCUGUGGAUGAAAAUGAAAACAGACAAGAGUCAGAUGUGAAAUCAAGAAUUCCAGAGGGAGCAGAGGCUACAAACGUCCUUGUAGGGACUCUGGAUGAGUUGCAACAUCCUGUGCUAGCAUUUGUCCGCCUUGCCAAGGGAUGUCACCUGGAGCAAAUGACAGAGGUGUCCAUUCCAGUCAGAUUUUUGUUCGUCUUACUGGGUCCAAGCAACAAUGGAGAACUGUACCAUCAGAUGGGUCGUUCUAUUGCCACCUUAAUGUCAGAUCAGGCUUUCCAUGAUGUUGCAUACUGUGCAGAUUCUCGUGAAGAUCUUCUGGAGGCCAUUAACGAGUUUCUUGUGGACACCGUGGUAUUACCGCCAGGCAAUUGGGAUCGUAGUGUACUGUUACCCAUCCUCAUUGCUCAAAGCAGAGCUAUUGCUAUCAGGAGAAAAAUGGCCAAAGCUGCUUCAUCCUCGCAUUCUGAAGGGGAUUCUGCCUUAGCUCGAACAGGCACCUUUUUUGGAGGGCUGUACCAGGAUGUCAAGCGACGAGGCAAAGUUUACAUCAGUGAUUUUAGGGAUGGCUUCAAUCUGCAUACCCUAUUUGCAUCCCUUUUUCUUUAUUUUGCUUUUUUUGCAACAAACGUUGCAUUUGGAGGUCUCUUAGAAGACAAGACGGGCGGCCAGCUUGGGGUCACAGAAGUGAUUGUUGCAGCCUCUGCAUGCAGCAUACUGUUCGCACUAUUUGCAGGGCAGCCUGUGAUGAUUAUAGGAGCUACUGGUCCAAUAUUGGUCUUUGAACAGAGCAUAUAUGAGUUUUGUAAGGCAUAUGAUGUGGAGUUUCUUACUUGGCGUUGUUGGAUUGGUUUCUGGGUGAUGAUCAUUCUGUUUGGCGUGGUGGCUUUAGAAGGCUGCUUCUUGAUCAAGUAUUUUACUCGGUUCACUGAGGACAUAUUUGAGCUUCUCAUCUCAGCAAUCUUCAUCUAUGAGCCAAUAGCAGUGUUGAUAAAGCUAUUCAAAAAGAAUCCUCUUAACAGAUCAGGAACGGGGAAGGAUUAUGGUGGAGUCGAGGUCAAAGGAGAACCAAACACUGCUCUUCUGUCCACCAUCUUGGUGUUGGGAACGUUCUUCAUAGCUUUCUACAUGCGCAAGAUCAGGACAAGUCACUUUUUGGGAAGGAGGGUUUGUACAAGAUUUUGUUUCUUUGUCCUCACUCCUAAACUUCAACACAAACUGCUCUCUACAAACUUAGGCACUGUGUUGUUGGACUUGGAGAAAUUUGACUUACCCAGCAUUGCUGAAGCAGUGGUUGAAAACAUGGUGAUCACAGACCAGCUUAAACAGAAAGACAGUAAUAAAGUGCUAGCAGCCUUACUUCUACGUCAUAGACAUCAACAUCAACAGAGUUCCAAAUUGAACCGUCGUGCAUCUUCUAAGAAGUCCAAAAAAUUUGGGGUACGUGCUGCAGAUAAUUUAGGACUUGAUGCACACUCAGAGACAGGAAAUGGUGUUGUUAGUUUGAAGAUUGAAGAACAGAAACAGGAUCCACUUGCUCUUGAGUCUGCUGUGGAUGAAAAUGAAAACAGACAAGAGUCAGAUGUGAAAUCAAGAAUUCCAGAGGGAGCAGAGGCUACAAACGUCCUUGUAGGGACUCUGGAUGAGUUGCAACAUCCUGUGCUAGCAUUUGUCCGCCUUGCCAAGGGAUGUCACCUGGAGCAAAUGACAGAGGUGUCCAUUCCAGUCAGAUUUUUGUUCGUCUUACUGGGUCCAAGCAACAAUGGAGAACUGUACCAUCAGAUGGGUCGUUCUAUUGCCACCUUAAUGUCAGAUCAGGCUUUCCAUGAUGUUGCAUACUGUGCAGAUUCUCGUGAAGAUCUUCUGGAGGCCAUUAACGAGUUUCUUGUGGACACCGUGGUAUUACCGCCAGGCAAUUGGGAUCGUAGUGUACUGUUACCCAUCCUCAUUGCUCAAAGCAGAGCUAUUGCUAUCAGGAGAAAAAUGGCCAAAGCUGCUUCAUCCUCGCAUUCUGAAGGGGAUUCUGCCUUAGCUCGAACAGGCACCUUUUUUGGAGGGCUGUACCAGGAUGUCAAGCGACGAGGCAAAGUUUACAUCAGUGAUUUUAGGGAUGGCUUCAAUCUGCAUACCCUAUUUGCAUCCCUUUUUCUUUAUUUUGCUUUUUUUGCAACAAACGUUGCAUUUGGAGGUCUCUUAGAAGACAAGACGGGCGGCCAGCUUGGGGUCACAGAAGUGAUUGUUGCAGCCUCUGCAUGCAGCAUACUGUUCGCACUAUUUGCAGGGCAGCCUGUGAUGAUUAUAGGAGCUACUGGUCCAAUAUUGGUCUUUGAACAGAGCAUAUAUGAGUUUUGUAAGGCAUAUGAUGUGGAGUUUCUUACUUGGCGUUGUUGGAUUGGUUUCUGGGUGAUGAUCAUUCUGUUUGGCGUGGUGGCUUUAGAAGGCUGCUUCUUGAUCAAGUAUUUUACUCGGUUCACUGAGGACAUAUUUGAGCUUCUCAUCUCAGCAAUCUUCAUCUAUGAGCCAAUAGCAGUGUUGAUAAAGCUAUUCAAAAAGAAUCCUCUUAACAGAUCAGGAACGGGGAAGGAUUAUGGUGGAGUCGAGGUCAAAGGAGAACCAAACACUGCUCUUCUGUCCACCAUCUUGGUGUUGGGAACGUUCUUCAUAGCUUUCUACAUGCGCAAGAUCAGGACAAGUCACUUUUUGGGAAGGAGGACCAGAAGACUCGUCAGUGACUCUGGUAUUGUUGUAGCCAUGUUAAUUAUGGCUGUGCUGGAUUUUUCUCUUGAAGACAAAGUCAUCACUGAACAUGUGUCGAUUGACAAUCCAUUAACAGAAGGCUUCAACCCAACACAGCAUCCGAAGAGAGGCUGGUUUAUUAAUCCCGGCGGCAUGAACAAAAGCAUGUCCAUGGGCUGGAUUUUCGCAGCAAUUAUUCCAGCUUUUUUUGUUGGUAUUUUGCUGUUUAUGGAAACCGAGAUGGCUGGGGUGCUGUUGAGCAAGAAGGAACACAAACUGGCCAAAGGCCCAGGCUACAAUCUAGACAUGUUCGUGGUGGGCAUCUUGACGUUUGGCUGUUCUCUUCUUGGUCUGCCAUGGAUGUGUGCAGACACUGUCCGCUCGGCAUCGCACGCCAAUGCUCUGUCCAUUUACAGCACCUCCCAUGCACCUGGUGAGAAGCCACAUAUUAUCGAAGUCAAAGAGCAGAGGAUUUCAAACAUCAUUAUUCAUCUGCUCACAGGUUUAUCCAUUCUGCUUGCUCCAGGACUUCAUCUUAUUCCCAUCCCGAUCUUUUUUGGUGUUCUCCUGUACCUUGGUGUGGUGUCAAUGUAUGGCUUGCAGAUGGUGGACAGAUUCGUGAUGCUCUUCAUGCCGGCUAAACAUCAUCCCGAUGUUUCUUACGUCCGGAAGGUGAGAACCAGAAAGAUCCAUAUCUUCACCAUAAUUCAACUGCUCGCCUUGGCUUUCAUUCUGGGAAUUAAGCUGUCUUCUCUUGCACCGUCAUUUCCAUUUUUCAUCAUCUGCUUGAUUCCUCUGCGCAAGCUGUUAACAAAGUUCUAUGACGAGCACGAAAUGGAAGAGCUUGACAAUUCGGAAUCCGAAGAUGAGGAUAGUGACUACGAUUGAUUUUUCAUUGCACCUGGCGUGACUGUAACCUUCUCCUCCGCAGACAGAUCUACGUGACUACGUGACUUAGAUUACGUGACUUAGAUUACGUGACCGGCAAUGUGUGACUUGCGUGACAUUGAGACCACAGUUUGUCGUUGUCCUUGGAAAGAAGCAUGACACAUUUUGUGGUCAGCGUGAUAUGUUCAGCCUAUCUCGUACAAGUUGUUAGUCAUGCAACACCUCAUAAUGAUGCUACUUGACAUUGACUCUCCUGUAUCUGAAAUUUAUAUAAUGUGAAAGACAUUGAUAGUUUUUGAGUGGAAUACAUGGCUAAUUGACAAUUAUUCCAGUCGCGCUUUUUGGAAACGAGAUGGUAGGUAGCCAAAGAGGCGCGCUAAACCCAUCUCAUAUCCAACAAGCGCGAGUGAAGUAAUUGUUUUAUUAAAAACGCCCCCAAAAUAUAGAAAACUAGAC